UAAUCCCGUAGCUGGCCUUCCGUGGAUUCCCGUUGGAUUCGCCUCCAGAUCUCUAGGGCCUUACCCGAGCACUCACGAAUCUCAAAGGUUCUCGCAGUAGCGGCCGAAGUAAUUCCAGCCUGGCUUGAUUGAUGGCCCAAAAGCCUCAUCCGGCCUCUUAGCUUCCAUUUCAUUUCAUGGACGCUAUCCUCGAUCCUAAAUUCGUCCAGCCGACUAUCCUACACUCGAUCGACCCUCGAAAGGCAUCUAUUAGUCAUGAACUCGUAAUUAUUCCUAAAUCAGCUUCUAACUCAUCCGAUAUGUCUCACCAAAAGGUUCCCAUUACCUUCACUUACAAAAAGGACGAGGUAGAUCCUCCCAUUUAUGUGGCAGGAUCAUUCUCCGAUCCGCCAUGGCAGCCUCAAGAGAUGGAUGUCGCCAUUGACCAACAUGGAGGUCGUCUCUUCACUAAGCAGGUCAUGGUCGACGAUGGUACAGAAAUCUAUUACAAGUUUCGCAUAGGGCAAGGUGAUUGGUGGGCCCUGGAUGAGACUGCUGAUACAGCCACGGAUGAAUGGGGCAACACGAACAACAUUCUUAGGGUUUCAAUCAAUGGAGUCCAAGAUGACGCUUCUAAAGAAGCGAAAAAACCCAGUGUUGGCGAAUUAGACGGAUCGCCAAUCAACGGUGGUACGCAAACUCUGGAUAUCGCACAGGUAGCUGCUGAGGUGGCCGACUCGGCGCGCAGUCUGGAUCCUGAGACUCCCGAGCCGGAGAUAUCUGAUGCCGAGGCAGGAAGUAUAGGUGUUCGGCGCAUGUCAAGCACUCCAAUUGCCCAAGUCUCAGAAACAGCCAUAGAGGUUGCCAACGUCGCUGCGACGCUGGAUGCUGACGAAUCUGCUGUAGAUGAUGAUGAUGGCGCUGAAACAAACAUAUGCCCUAUGUUUACCCAUGAAUCCAUAGGUCCAGCUUCUCAUAAGGAGGACGUCUCCGAUCAUGCCGUGGAUGAGGAUGUCCGGGAGAACAAGUCUCAUUCCGAGUCCGGCAACCCAGCUAAAGAGAUUGAAAACCUAGAUUUUGAUGAUCCCCAGCUGGAAGAAUUCCCUUCUGAUAACAAGGAGUCUAUACUAGCUGCUGUGCGACGUAUUUCGACGAGCAUAGAUGCCGACCGCACAGUUGUUGACGGAAUUCCACAGGCGCCCAUGGUCACCAUUCUUCAGAAUCACAAGAAUGUGGAGUCGCUCGACAAAUCGAGUGAACCGUCGGGUCUUUCGGACUCCCUCUCGGAUAAUAGCCAGGACCUUCACCCUGACGAUAUCGUUAGGCAAGCGCAUUCCGGACCCAAGGAACCGUCAACAACUUCCCUGGGGUCAAUUUCCGAGGAUGACGAAGCGCACAACGAAAACGCAACUGAUGAGACGCAGGAUGCUACAGCUCCAUUUAUACAACAUCCCGGACCUUCGUGGCGUUCGCCUACUCCUGACCGUGCCGCUAGCGACGACGACAAGGACGAGGGAAUUGCAAUGAGGGUUGAUUCCAAGAAGAGGGCCGAGGAAUCUCAACUCGCUUCGCCGCAUUUACCUUCACCGCCCGCAUCCGACAGCAACCUCGAGGAGGCCAUAAUUCUGGACCCGGAAGAGUCCGCAUUGGAGGUAUUAGCGGUCGAUGUGACACCUGAGGAGGACACAGCUGCCUCAGUCGCCUAUGAUAACAACCUACCUGUUACCGACAACGACUUUGCCAAGCCGAGUCCAAGUAUCGCUACCCGUAAUACACCAGAGAGGCACAUAAGCGACAUUUCUAACGCGGAGAGUACACGCGAGACAGAAGCCAAGACAACGUCGCUCGGUACUACCAGCCCACCCGGCCUGCGGAAAAGGAUCAUCGAGAGGCCGGCCACGCCUCCUUCCAUGCAUCACUCCGAAAACCACCAUAAAUACCCCGCCUGGCUCGAAGCUUGCUUGCGGAUCGUGUUUGUGAAAUGGAUCGGGGGUCUCGCGUCGUGGCUCCACGGCCGUAGGAACAGAGCGCUUAUGGCGGCUGGCACAGCUGCUAUCGUCGUCGGGGUCGGCUUGCUGUGGCAGAACCCCGUUCGGUUGUAGCUCCUAAUGAGGUUCCUGGACAAGCUAAGGUUGAUGGCGAUGCAGAAUAUACGGAAGAAAGCUCUCGGAUCCAAACCUACUUAGCCUAACCCAACUUGGAUCCUUGUUGUCCGUACGUACGACGCGAUUGUCUACUACUGUUGGCUUUACGCUUAGCUUGAAUACGAUGAGAUGAAAUUGGAGGGUGGAGAGUGGAAAGUGGAAAGUGAACUUCCCCUAACUAACAGCCUGGCGAGCUUACCAAGGUAUCUUAACAUGGUUGGUGCCCCAGGCCGGGUGGUUUACACGUAGCUGGACUUGGGGGUUGGUCGGGGCUCUUUAAAAAAGUUUCGAAUCGGAGUGUUGGAUGGAUACAUUAUAUUGAUAUUGCUUCGUGAUAGCUUCUGUCUGUGAAGGUUGGAGCCGCCGUCGGGCUCGGCUAGAUUAUCUUACCUACCUACCUACCUACCUGCAUAGAACGAAUAAUUAAUUCACUAGUUUUUUUUUCUCUUCUCUCUUUCCUGCAGAACGGAUUGAACUAGCGCUUCGUUUAGGUUAGGUACAUUUAUUAUAACGUUGAGAUGUGGUAUCUA